UUAAAUAAUAAAAUAAAUGUAUUUUAAGAUUUUUAAAUAAAAUAGGGCGGAGGACCGUUAUAAUUCGGAGCGUCCAGAAGCGGGUCAAUACUAGCCUGCCACCGUGUAUUUUUUUAGUUAACACGUGGCAGAUUUUCAUUGGAUCAAAAUAGUCUCAUAUUUUUUUCGGCAGAAAGAGUCUCUCUCUGUUUCCCUCUCACGAUUACACGUUCCAUCGAUUUCCAAGCUUAGUUAUUCGCCAGCGAAGAAUUAAAAAGACUGAAUUUUCCGGUGAAAGUUGGUGGUUGAGGACGCUUCAAAUGCCUUCAGCGGUGUCGCCUCAGUGGCAAGAGAAGGCUAGUGAUUUCUUUCAGUCGUCAGGGUUCAAGAUUAAAGAAGCUGGAAAUUCUGCUGGAACAUUUGUUGGGGAAGUUGCAAAGGAUGCAAAGGUAAAUGUUGCUGACGCAGCGGAAAAAGUCGGGUCAGUGGUCAAAAGCCGGUGGGCUAUAUUCCAGCAGCCAUCUACAAGGCAUGCCAUGCAGGAACGUUUUAUUGCAGCUGCUGCAACUACAAGCAUGUUCUUAAGGAAGGGAUUUUCCGAGACAAAAGAGAAGGUCGUUGUUGGAAAGAUAAAAGUUGAAGAGGUGGCGAAGAUGACAGCUGAAAAAAGCAAGAAUCUCCUGACUGACAUUGAGCGAUGGCAAAAGGGUGUCGCAAGUACUGAUGUGUUUGGGAUCCCAAUCGAGCUUGCCGUCCAACACCAACAGUCUACUACGCCGAUUCCAACUAUAUUGAUGAAAUGCGCAGAUUCGCUCAUAUUAUCAGGGCUGAACUCCCUGGAGUUGUUCAAGGCACAGGGCGACAAAAAGGUUAUUCGGCAAUUAGUAUCUUUCUAUAAUCAAGAUCCAAAUGCAUCAGUACCAGAGGGUGUAAGCUCAGUUGACAUUGCAGCUCUUAUUAAGUGUUACAUUGCAAGCCUCCCCGAGCCAUUAACCACCUUUGAGCUGUUCGAUGACAUCAGAAAUGCUCGUUCCAGCAUACAUUUAAUGAGGAAUAUUCUCAAGAAACUGCCAACUGUUAACUAUAUGACUCUGGAACUAAUUACUGCACUUUUACUUCGUGUUAGCCAGAAAUCUCUUCUUAACAAGAUGGAUGCUCGAAGCCUGGCAAUGGAAAUGGCCCCGAUUAUAAUGUGGCAAAAAGACCAUAGACCAGAGCACUACAAACAGUUUUGGAUUCAAACACCAAAACUCAAUUCUAAGGCAAGCUUGGAUUCUGCCUCCAACUACAGUGGAUGGGACAUGCUUUCAGAAGACGGAGAAAUUAAAGAUGCAUCGUCCUCGAUUCCACUUGACGAUGGGAUGCCGGUGGACUUCCAUGCUAUUGAAGUUAUACAGUGUUUGAUAGAGCAUCACAAUGCAGUUUUCACCGACGCAAACGAAACUGUGUGGUGAUCGUUUGAGUUUUUUUUUUUUUCGCCAGUUCCGAUAUACUGCACAGAUUUGUUUUUAGAUUGGUAACUAAAUAAUAUGCUGGAAAGAAGUGUCAGAAAUGUCUGUUAAAAUUUUCGAUAGCUGAAGUUUUCUGUCCAGCGAUCAGACACAAUUAGUGUCGUUUGUAAAUCAUUUCAGUCGUAGAUUCUGGAAUUCAUCGACAAAAUGGCGACAGGUCUACAUUUGUUUAUGUUUGAUACUCCAUUUUUAUGAAGUAGCAGUAUGUGCCAAAACGUUGUCCCAAUGUAAUAUUUGGUCAAUUCAUCAUUUACAGUCCCUCAAGUAUGUAAAUCGUCCCGCAUUAGUCUCUCAUCUUUAAAAUGUAACAAUAUCAUCCCUCAUCUCCUAAAGUUGUCCCAAUGUACUCAUUUUUCAAAACCAAUAUUAUUAAAUAAUUGAUGUAAAGAGGGGAUACUAUGUUAUAUUAGUUUUGUUACUUA